AAUUUCUACGUCAAAGUCAGUUCUCAAGGGAUGAAAAUCUUACUACAAAACCAUAACGAUGACAAGGAAGAAAAAAGUGUCAGAUUCUAUCGUGGAAUUUGGUUCACACGCAACGACGACAACAAAGUCCCAACUUUUGGGUUUCAUAUCCUCAAUCUUCGGGAAUACCACUAACCAGAAGAGCUGCUUAGCGAGGUGGUGAACUCCGAACACCGUCUAAGCGACUAAGCCUAGGUGUGUUCGUUUCUGAAUGUCGUUUAAUUUUGGUUUUGUGUGUCUCGUUCGAUGCCCCUUUUGUCUUAUUGCUUAAGACCAAGUUUUGAGUUUUCAUUAGCGUCUUCUGCUUCGGUUAUCAACUUAUGGUUUAGCUUUCCUAUUUUUUAUGGUAAUCAUUUUCAGUUCUUUUAGCCUUUGUAUUUGUCAAGUUUCAAACGCAAACAGUUUGCAUCAAUGCUAUUGGGUCGAUCUGGACACAAUUUUCACUUAAUCGUUUUCAGUUCAUAGAAAUUAUAUAUUUCCUUUAAGUGUGUAUGAUGUAUAAUUGAAAGUUUUGAACCUAGUUUUUAGACAGUACUUUUAUCCGGUUUUGGAAUAAUUUGAUGCAGAAAAGCUCUGAAGCUUGCAAGCUUUUGAUUGAACUCAGUAAUUCAUGCAUACUUAAUAUUACUAUGAAUGUCCUGUUCUUCCCUCUUCUCUAAUCAUAGCAGACGAACCAGUUAUGAGGACUGUUAGCCCUUGUUUAAACUGUGUUGUUUUCCUGUUUGAAGGAAUGCUUGACACAAUUUUUCUUCUUUUUCUGAGAAAAGUCUCGGUAAAAUGAAAUGGUCUUUGGUUUUUAGUCUGAUGCUGCAUCUUCUCACGUUCCCUUCACGGUCAAGAUUAAAUUGGCAAACCCUUUUCCAAUUCAGGCUAUGACAAACUCAACAAGUUCAGCAGCAACUGCUCCUCAAGUGGUUCAUGAGAAUGGCGUGGGAGAAAUUAAGCUAUUAUCUUCAACUGAUGAUGAUUAUGGCGGUGUUAUUGUGGAAAUGGAUGGGCCUAUGGAUUCGACAACCUUUCUGUCGAUUCUUAGAGCUUCAAUUUCACAUUGGAGACAGCUGGGCAAGAAAACCAUUUGGAUAAAGUUACCAAUACAUCUAGUCAGUGUCGUUGAACCUCUAGUUAAGGAAGGAUUUGGGUAUCACCAUGCAGAACCAGAAUAUUUAAUGCUUGUAUACUCAAUACUUGAAAGUGCAAAUACUAUUCCGGCUAAUGCUACGCAUCGAGUGGGUGUUGGUGCAUUUGUCAUGAAUGAAAAACGAGAGAUCUUAGCAGUAAAAGAAAAAAGCGGACCUUUUAUUGGAGUCUGGAAAUUCCCUACUGGAACUGUUGAUCAGGGAGAAGACUUAUGUGCAGCAGCAAUAAGAGAGGUCAAAGAAGAAACAGGAGUUGACACAGAAUUUGUGGAAGUGUUAGCCUUCAGACAAAUGCUCGAGACAUACUUCACGAAGUCGGAGCUAUUCGUCUUGUGCAUUCUGCGCCCCCUUUCUUUUGACAUCCAAGUGCAAGAACAAGAGAUAGAAGCUGCCCAGUGGAUGCCAUGGGAGGAUUAUGCAGCUCAGCCAUUCAUGGAGAAGCAAGAGAUCAAGAAGAUGAAUGAAGCAUUCUGGGCAAAGAUUGAUGGCCACUAUUCUGGAUUUACUCCACAUCUUACAUCUUCAAGCUUCUCUGACAAAAAGUGUCUCCUUUUCUUGAAUUCUGAGGGGGCCUGAAGUGGUGGACUAAAUUCCCUUUGGACAUUCAACAGAGUUACAUGAUUUAUGAGAUAUAUGUAUCUGUAAUUUUGACGAAACUAUGUCUCAGUUAUUUGAUUCAAUCCUAGUUGGGACUAUUCUUAUAAUAUCCAGAAAUUUGCUUGUUGAAAUAA